UUUAUUUAAAAAGAAGCUCGAUAAGAGCGCGUGCUAGCGGUAAGCCAUACCAUUAAUACACAUUAAAUAACUACUUUUUGACGUAUAAAACUGACCGUUUCUUAAAGUUUAAAAUUUAUAAAUGGUUUAAAUAAUGUUUUUUUAUUACGUCAACAUUUUUUAAAACUAUACCUUUUCAAAUUAUUAAAACUCUCCGUUUUUUUAUUUAGAUAAAUAUUAGCUGCUAUUAAUUUGAUUUUUUAUAACAUCGGAGGAAACAUAAAUGCUUCGAGUUUUAUGACAUAAAUUUAAAAAAAAAAAAGUGGCAAAAGUGCAACUUCCGGUGGUGCGCUCCAGCGGAUAUCACGCAGAUGUCUCUUCUUACAAAGCCACAGCUUCCAGCGCAUCACCGGGCGGUAGCCGGCAGAAAGGAUCUUGUUGCGGUUCUGUUCUGACCGGCGUCGAAUCUACUUGUUGUGCUUCAUACGUUUUCGCAGACGGUUCUCUUAAAUUGACUGUUUUUAUCUUUGCUCAGAGCGACCAGAUGACAGAACGACAAGCGAAGCUCUAGCAUUUAGAAAUGGCAGCCGACGAAAUUGACUACAAUAUCGUGUUUCCUGAUGCGAGCACCUCAGAGAGACACUGGCAGGGGACAAAGGAGCCAGUUGUGAUCCUGCUGGGCUGGGCUGGAUGCAAAGACAAACAUCUCUCCAAGUACAGCUCCAUCUACAGUGAACAGGGAUGCGUCACCAUCCGGUACACGGCUCCUCUCAAAACCGUCUUCAUCUCCGAGUCUUUUGGCUACAAGGAGCUGAGCAGCACGGCGAUGAAGCUGCUGGAGAUCCUCUACGACUACGAGGUGGAGAACAGCCCCGUCGUCUUCCACGUCUUCAGCAACGGCGGCUUCAUGCUGUACCGCUACAUCAUCGAACUGCUCCAAAGCGACAAACAGUUCAGCUCGCUGUGCGUCAUCGGAGCCGUGGUGGACAGCGCCCCGGGGAGCGGGAACGUCCGAGGAGCCCUCCGCGCCCUGACGGCCACCCUGGGGCCUCAAAUCAGCCCCGUUAUAAGGUACACCCUCCUAGCGCUUUUUGCCGUCAGUGUUUUCCUCCUGCGGGUGGCGCUGUACCCAUUGACGAAGUUCAUUCACAAGAACCACUACGACGCCGUGCAGGACCGCCCCCCUGCCUGGCCUCAUUUCUACCUGUACUCCGAGGCGGAUCAGGUGAUCCGGCACAGUGACAUUGAGCGCUUCAUGGACUCUCUGAAGAGGAAGGGCGUCUCGGUGGACGGCUUCGAUUUUGUUUCCAGUCACCACGUCAGUCAUUUCCGGGAUUUCCCUCAGCAGUACACGCUCAAGUGCCGCAGUUUCCUGGCUGCCUGCAUGAAGGACUUGAGAGGACUGAACGAAAACGCAGAGGAGUUCAAAGAAGACGACUCUUGGAAAGGAAUUCACUGAGACUGUACUGCUGCCUUAAACAGCCUUGGAAAUCUGAUUGUAAUAGUGUGCAAACAUCUGUGGGCUUACAGAGCUUUAAAGACCCACUCCCAUGAAAAUCGCGUUUUAAAAACCCAUUCCAGUCAUCUUUUAAUAUAAUUUGAAAGGUUUUCCAGUAGUCUUUUAGUUGUGUUGUUUUUAACCAAAAUUUAAAAUAAAACUGACAUUUUCUAGAAUAGAGUUUCAGCAGAGUGGCAGUACUUCAUCAUACUGCUAGCUCUCAACCUAGCAUUAGCAGUGCAACAAGCAAUAUUGGAGCUAUCCAGCCGUACAGCUCGUAUUAAGAAAUCAAGGAUGUACAUGGAUCUAGAAAAAGUCUGUGUACCCUUUGGGAUUACUUUGAUUUCUGCAUGAAUUUGUCAUAAAACUGUUCUGAUCUUCAUCUAAGUCACUUAAACUAAUACAACAUUGAAUGUGUAAGCAUUCAAAGUGCAGGGUGUGACAAAUAUGUGAACCCAUGGAUUUAAUAACUGCUUGACCCUCUUUUGUCAGCAAUAACUUCAACCAAGUUGAAGUUGCAUUAGUUUAAUCCAGGAUUCUACAACCUGUGACACAAAGAGCCAUUUGGUCCAAAUAACCAGGGAAAGCCACAAAGUCUCACUUCCUGUUUAGCAAAAUAUAAUUUAUUUAUGUUUUUUGACUGUUGAGCUAUUCAUUUAUAAAAAAAAAAUGUA